CCCCCGAGUGGAAGCUCCCGGGCAGCCCUCUGUAGGGCAGGGCCCGCCUGGCGGCUCUCCGGCCGGCCAGCCCCACUCUUGGUCUCCCGCACCGCGGCCCCGGCCCGGGGCGGCCCCGCCGCAGUGCGCAUGAGCGGGUCGGCGGCGGCGGAAGGCAGGGCCCGCGAGGAGGAGCCCCGGGAGCAGCCGCCGCUGCUGCUGCUGCUGCCGCCACCACCACCACCAUCUCUCCUCCUCCUCAGUGUCCGCCUGAGCCGGCUCGGGAGGGGAGAGAGAGACCCGCCGCCGCGCGCAGCCCCCACCAUGAACAAAUUGAAGUCAUCACAGAAAGAUAAAGUUCGGCAGUUUAUGAUCUUCACACAGUCCAGUGAAAAGACCGCGGUUAAUUGUUUGUCUCAAAAUGAUUGGAAGUUAGAUGUUGCAACAGAUAACUUUUUCCAGAAUCCUGAACUGUAUAUACGAGAAAAUCUUAAAGGAUCAUUGGACAGGAAAAAGUUAGAACAGCUAUAUAACAGAUAUAAAGAUCCUCAAGAUGAGAAUAAAAUCGGCAUAGAUGGGAUUCAGCAGUUUUGCGACGAUCUUGCCCUUGACCCAGCAAGUAUUAGUGUAUUGAUCAUAGCCUGGAAGUUCAGAGCUGCAACGCAAUGUGAAUUCUUAAAGAUGGAAUUCAUGGAUGGGAUGACAGAACUAGGAUGUGACAGCAUAGAAAAACUAAAGGCUCAGCUUCCAAAAAUGGAACAAGAAUUAAAAGAGCCAGGAAGAUUUAAAGAUUUUUAUCAAUUUACUUUCAACUUUGCAAAGAAUCCAGGACAGAAAGGUUUAGACUUAGAAAUGGCGAUCGCCUACUGGAAUUUAGUACUUCAUGGAAGAUUUAAAUUCCUAGACUUGUGGAACAAAUUUUUAUUGGAACACCAUAAAAGAUCUAUACCGAAGGACACUUGGAAUCUUCUUCUAGACUUCAGUGCAAUGAUAGCAGAUGAUAUGUCAAAUUAUGAUGAGGAAGGGGCUUGGCCAGUUCUGAUCGACGACUUUGUGGAAUUUGCACGCCCUCAAAUUGCUGGGAUCAAAAGUACGACAGUGUAGUGCUAAAUGAACCUUCUAGAAUGUACAAAUAAACAUAAUGGGGGAAAAUUGCACAGUCAAUUUCUGCUGACUGGACUGAACAGGACUGAAGACCAAUCCUCAAGAAAGAGAGGCUGAGGGUUGAGGAUCUAUCUUGGACCAUAACAGACAAUGGAUGGUUUGGGCUUCUCUCCUAGCCUGGGCCCUCUUUGCUCAUUUGAAAACUCCCAACAUUGUGGAUACCAUCGUUUUCUUCCUUUUUUCUUCUUUUAAAUGGAGCACCCUAAUCCUUUUCAUAAAUCUUAAAAUAUUUCUGGAUGGUUAUUUUGAAAGUUCUGGUUCCACCUCAGGCACGUGCUGUCUUCACCAAACAAACCCUUUGGCAUAAGAGUGUCACAGAUCAGCAUUGCAACUCGUUUGUUUUAUUUUUUUAAAAAAAACCUUAAAUAACUUGCUUUUGGGCUAACUGCAAAGACUAUGCUGAUAGAGAAUAUCCUAAAAGAGUGAUAUGUUGAAGUGUGUUGGAUCUGGUUUCUUAUGAUCGCUUUACAGGUAUUGUCAAAGUGCGUGGUGAGGGAUCUUUGUCCGUCUGUCCGUUCAAAGCAAAUGUAGAAAGACCCCAGCGAAUGCCUGUGUUUUCCUCCCCACUCCUCCAAUAUCAGUAAAUCCAGCUCUAUGGGUGCUUGACUGAAGUUUUAUUGUGUCUAACUAUGAACACUGUUGAAACCGCAGCACAGUUACUGUGCACUGAACGGUACCCAUAUUUUAAUAAUCUAGUCAGAAACACUGGGUGCCUAAUGUAGAAAGUUGAACGGCCAUCGGGGGCCCUGUCCCAUGUAAAGCUUGUUUGAGUCUGCCUCUUAGUUCCGUCACCCCCAUGUCGUGGGUGGCUUCCAUUGGCUGCCAGCACCCCAGCUCUGUUCACCAUGUUUCUUCCCAAGGCCAACCAUGCAGUAUCAAAGGGAACAGGCUGGAACUCGCCAGACCAGUAAGUGCACAGGACUAGUGGUGAAGCUAGCUUCACCAUUUAACUUGGUAGUGCUGUUCCAGGGCAAGGCUGGGCAACUUCUCCGGUGAAUGGAGACGUUUCUCCUUAUUACCCCAUAACCCUUGGGGCAGAUUAGUGUAACUGCUGUUCUUCACUUAACUCCAGUGUCCACGUGUUUGAUUCCAAUUGACACAAAGUGGGCCGUUACAAUGAAGGUAUCAUGGCCCUUGGGCUGUGUACAAUGUUGUUUCUAAUUUCCAGGGGGUGGGAGGGUCAGGUUUGCAAAAGGGGGAUGAUUUGGUUUCAUCUAGAAUGUGGGUAAUACGUUGCUCACAGCUGCUCUUAGAGUUGCCCAAUAAAAAUUUGUAGUAUUGAAGUGCUCAUUUCUUUGUCAAAGAAAUCUUUCUUUUCCCCCCUAGAGUUCUAUUGAAAUGCUGAAACUUGAAUACAGUGCUGAGUUUGUAAUGUUUGCUACACAAUAUCGAAUUCUUGAUUAGGGCCAGGGAAGGUUUUGACUGUGGGUUUGGAAUGGCAAGGCAUGUGCUGUGGAGCUCCUCUAAGGUUAAUGAUUUGAGCCCUAUAAUAUAAGUCUUUAUAAUGUCAACAGUACUGCCAUGAGAGUCAAUGCCAUUGAUUCUUAUCAGAUUUAACUGCAGAUCUCUGUGGUUGCCAAACAGAGGCAGCAGUGCCCUGACCAAAAGCUCAGAGGGGCUGUGCAUGGAGACCUGUGUGAGGAGGGGCUUCUCCAUUCACGUUGGCAACAAUGGGGGAGGGAGGGAGGGAUGCAUGCAUGGGAGUUGUUGCUGACACUGGAGUUCCUGCUUAAGUGAAGCCCCUGCAUGUGUGUCCUGCAACAUCGCUGAGCCAGAACUCAGAAGUCCAUCUUGCCCAGGCAAAUGUAGAUGAUCUCAAGCACAAUCCAGCCAAAUGGGUUAAGCGUUUUGAGUGCAGCAUGUACUUAACUCUGCCACAGUACUCAAUAGACCAUAAAAGUGUGCUUAACUUUGACUGGAUCGUAUGAUCCAAUGCAGAUGUAACAUUUCUCUAUCUCUUAGCCAUGGUUAAGAAACUGGGAGUGCUUCACUGGUGUGUGCCACCCGCUUUCCCUCCAGCAUGCACUGUUUUUCAGCAUUAACCACGUUAAACAUCUCCUCAAAAGUUGAUGCUCACCAUGGCUAGCUCUAAAUCAUCAGUUAGAAGCAAGGUUAGGAGCUGGCUUUAACCAGGGUUUGCAAACUAAAUAUGGUAUUAACUUUGGUGUAGAUGUAAUGCUAAACUUGGUUAAUGCUGAAAAGGGUAGGGAGACAGGUGGCAGGAGCCUAGGCGUCUACCAACCUUUUAACCAUGGAUAAAAGAUUGGGCAAUAUUCUAACUCUCCUUGGCCACAGUGUGCUUGUUCUGCCACUGCAUUUGUGUUUAGAUUUGUAUAUGUGUUUGUGUCACAGAACUGGCUGUUCACUUCAAACCGUGGUUUUAGUUCUUGUCUGUUUUACAUGACAGCAGCACUUGAGAUGCCUCCUGGCCCUCAUGUCACCUCAGUGUCAUGAGUGAGACUUAGCUGCUUGCUUAAAACAUAUCACUCCACAGGGAAAGCAUUCUGAAGUGUCCCACUCAAGGUGUUUAAUCUCUACAAUAAGAGGUUCAGGCUCAGCAUCUUACGCAGUGUCUCAUGACUGGCGCCUCAUGGAUCCUUAAUUAGAAACACACUUUUACGUACAUGCUAGAAUAAUUUUUAAGAAAAUCCUUGAGUAUUAAAGUCCUUUUUUUUUUUUUAAACCCUGUAUGCAUUGAAGUUGUCAGAAAGGUGCCUCCCCAGCUGUGCCCUUUUGGUAAAGCUUAGUCUUGUGUUAAUUCACGGGAACAAUUGGAUAAAAUUGGGUAUCUCUUCUCCAGCGGCUGGAAUUGGCCAAGUCAAAUAUAUUGCUUUAUGGCUUUCAGUGUUUAUUUUCUCUAGUUUGUGUAAAUAUCAGUGGAGACUUGAAUUAUGAAAACUCUACGAGGUGUGUGUGCUGUUUUCUGUCUUAAGAAAAUUUGGGUACAGCUUUCUCAGAAUGAUUCAUUGAUGUAUGCUGUGUAUUUUUUGUGUUCUGGUGUUCUUGUGUUUUUUGUUUUGUUUUUAAUGAAAUGUACUUAACUCUAUCCCGGUGCAAAAGUCUAAGGGUUGGGGCAUAAAUGCUGUGCUGUUUUUGUUUUUUAAGAUUAUUCCUUUUGCAAUGUUGAGGCCUUUUCAACAAAAUGGAUUUUGCCAUCGGUUUGGUACUACACAAUUUAUAAUUACUGUGUAAUUAUAAAACUGCAUUACAUAAAGCAUUGCUGUCUUAA